AUGGAGUCGUACGGUAUUCCCCAGGGCGGCUACCAGCUGCCCGUCCAGCGGCGGCUCAGCAGACUCUAUAACGACACCAAAAAGUCCUCCGACUUCGUCAAGGAACCAGUCCAGAACGCCGAGGACCCUGACAUCAAGUCCCUUCACCGGAAGCUGAAGAUCCAGAAUGACCGUCUCGUCACCUGGGGCCUGGAAUGGUCCGACCCUGGCCACCAGGACAUCAUCGAUGACUCCCUGUCAAAGGCUGGGCUGAGCGAGGUUGUAGGGAGUAUCAUGUCAACGAUCAAGGAGAUACUGGCUGAGGCGGAACCAUUAUGGGCGAGCUCCAGACGGCAGGCCGGUGGUCUUCCACCCAUAGGGGACAAGAAGAUUCCCAUUGUGGCAUGGGACAAAGCUCGCUUUGAGGACUUGGUCAGAGAUCUGACUACAUCUAUCGACACCCUAUACGACCUUUCUAGGACAAGAUCAAAUGCUGCAUCAUCAGCGCGGGCAAGAAAUUACCCAGGGGCUUCCACUGAGGACCUGCGGGCCUUUGAGUCAACCAGGAUGCAGACACCACAGCAGGUCAACCCUCAGACAUUAACCAGUCUGAGAGACAGACAGCCAAUCCCCAUGUCCGAGACCACUCCUGACGUCCACACUCGGGACAUUGUUUACAUGAGCAAACAGGCGUAUUCCGACUUGACUAGGAACAAUGGCCGCCCUUACACUGCACUGCUUCUAGAACAUGCCGAGUUUGACCCCAUGUACUCUGCGACGGGCAUCAUGCCAGAUAUGUCUCGAUUCGAGAAGCUUUCUGCUGGCCUGCAGACCGAACCACAGCGCUCCCCGGGUUCCUGGACUGGGCUUCCGCAGCUGCUGGGCUACUUCGAAGACAUGGACAAUUCGAGGCUUGGCCUGGUCUACCACUUCCCGCCGGGCUUCAAUCCCAUCUCUUACGAACCUUUGACACAUAACACCCUAAACACACUAUGCUCUCUGUCCGAUCUUUUGGCACGACCUGACUUCGAACCGACCCUUGAGGCCAAGUUCCGCCUCGCCUACAACCUUGCAAACACUGUAUUCGACAUGCACGCACGGGGGAUCACUCACGGCAACCUGACGAACUCUAGCAUCUCGUUUUGCAAGGCAGUCGGUGUUGAACCGGGCAUGGGUGCUGGAGAGGUUGACAUCCGACGGCCAUUGAUCUCUUCCUUCGACUUGUUUCCCGAGAGCUUUCAGGAGGGGUCCACGCCCACAACAUCACUUUACCGACACCCUCUCGACCCGAAGACGACAGCGCAACAGUCUCUCCUGUCGAAUCCCGACUCCAAAGCAUUCGACGUCUACUCACUUGGAAUGCUCCUGCUCUCCAUUGGCAUGUGGACAAAUCUUGAGAACCUUGUCUCCUCACCAUCAGCCACAUCCGUACCCGAGGUCAUUCUGGAACAGUUGGCCAAGAACUGUGGAACACUGUACACGAAGGCAGUACAAACGUGCUGGAAGGCCGUUGACGAAGAACUAGCCGCCGGAACAGAGAGCAGUCAAGUCAUGACGCGUGUGCAGGUCAGCGCCAGCCGAUACCUCGAGGUAUGCGCCAUACUUGACAGCGUAGGUGGCCUUGAGGAUCGCCUGAGUAGCGAUUUGGGAAUCCAGUCUUCGUCCAAACAGGCAGAGGGGCAGAAGUCCGACAAGGCGAUCGCAUCGUCAUCAAGAGAUGAAAAGGCACGGGAGGCUGGCUUUGCCCCGACGGUUCCUCAGACAACCGUGUCGAGGAGCCCUGCAGGGUCGGCGCCGCCGGAGACCCAAACCCAGCGAGGUAUGCCCACCAGCGUCCACAUACAACUCCGUAUGCUCACUGAUCAAGCAGCCCCUGCGUCUACCGAACUGCGAGCCAAGCGAUCGACCAAGAGCCGCCUCUAUCCACAUACACCACUUCCUCCUGAGGCUGUCGAGCACUGGAAUGCCGUGCUCAUGCCACAAAUCAACCAGGCUCUUCGACACUUCUAUCGCAAGAACCCCGAAUCAGUCGAGAUCUCACUCGAGUCAAUCGGCGAGACGGCAAAGGAAACCACACCUACCGUGCUCGUCGUGUGCACCUCUGUCUCCAAGGUCAAGGCAAUUCUAAGACGGAAGAUGGGCGCACUGUUCGAUGGCACCACCGGCUUCGCCCUGAAGGUGUGCCGAGGACAAGUCCUCCGGUCUCGAAAUCAAGGUACUAAGCGCAGCGUGGCCCACCCAGAGAGUGCCGAGCAAGGCGAAGUAGUGGCCGCUAAUGGUAGCUUCCAGGAGCGCCCACUGAAUGGAGCCAGUAUAGGAGCUUGGAUUGGCGAUCGUCACUUACCGCCAGUCAGCUUCGGAGGACUAGUUGUGGUUGAUGAAAAGACCUAUGGCAUGACAGUGCACCACAUGCUUGACGACCCGGAGGCAUCUGCUCCUGAAGGUCAAAAGCAGCCUCUGCGGAGCGGAGCAGGCUCGGAGAAUCAGGUGCCUGACCUGGCUGCCUGGUACGCUCAGCAAUACCCGGAUGAGGAUUCGCCCAACUCGGGUAGUAGUAGCGAUACCGAAGACUUCGCGGCCGAAUUCUCCGACGAUGGUUCUGACGCCUUCACCGAGUCUGCCGUCACCAGCGAAUACUCUGACGAGGAGCCCGAAGAAGACCAAUACGGCGAGACUGGAGAUAUUCCCGGCAUAGAGCCGGGCUGCGGAGACGGGUAUGUCGUGAGCCAGCCAGCCCUUGACGACGUCGAGGAGGGCUUCUUUGCCAGCCCAGACACGCAAGACGAAGAACACCUCGAUACCUUCAGCCUCGGCGAAGUGUUCGCCUCGAGCGGCAUCCGCCGUCGCAACGAUGACCGGGGUCUUGUUCACGAGAUAGACUGGGCUCUCUUCGAAUUCAAAGACGACCGACUACCCCAGGACAACGCCAUCCCCGUCGCCGACAGUGAUGUACCGCAGCCCAUACACCCGACUUCAGUCGUGCCGGCCAGCUCUCUGCCGAACCUGGAAGUCCAGUGCAUGGCGCGCACCAGUGGCCUGCAGACUGGGGUCAUUUUACCGACACUAGUUUCGGUCAAGAUCUACGGUCGGACGUCGCCCAGCCACACCUACCAGAUCACCAGCUCUCCAGCGUCUGAGAGAAACACCGGCGACAAGCCACGGCUGCCACUGGGACUGCCCGGUGACAGCGGGGCGUGGAUCAUCGAGCGCAAUAACGGGCAGGUGUGCGGCCACGUGCUGGCCUGGUCCCAGCGCAAGCGAGUCGCGUACAUCUGCCCGAUGGACGUGCUGCUCCUGGACAUUGCCGAGACGCUCGAGGCCACGGAGGUGAGGCUUCCCGGCGGGGAGCCGGUGGUGAAGAUGGUGGACGACAGCAUCAGCAUCAACGUCAGCGAGCGUGACGAGGGAUACUGCGAGCCGCAGGGUGACGAAUCCGACCUGGACGCCGAGCUGCGGUCCAUGGCCGCUGCGAAGCGGCGAAGCCUUAUGAAGGGCAAGGGAUCGAUGAGGAUGAGAGCGCAUGAGGUUGCGGGAGAGGGAGGAGUGGACAGGGCGUCGUCGGUGAGAAGCGUGCCUGCCAACAGGGGCAAUGCCCUUGGCGAGAUUGAGCAGGACUUGUCGAGGCUGAGCCUGGGGAACAAGGAGGCCAAGGCUGGAUUUUGGAGGGCUUAA